CUUCAGCAAAAUCAAAAGGAAGAGGUGUCUGUACAGAGGAGGAAUAGGAUGCUGUUCUACCCAGAGGUAGCUCUCCUGACUCGGCUGGUACAGCAUUUCUAACAGCUUGAACAGCGUAGCCAAAGCUUUUCUGACAGACCUCUCCUUCCCAGUACCUGCUGUGCUGCCUCACUUCCUUUUCUCUUUCUUUCCUCUUCCUAUCUGUUGGUGGGGAUUUUGGAGGGUUGGGAGAGGGAGGUGGGAGAGGACAUAAUUCCUGGAAAAGAGGAGAGGAACAUCCAAGAUGACUUCUGUCCCCAGAGCCAACUGGAAUGUGAGCAUGAGCAGCAGGUGGAACGUGAGCCUUGCUGCAGCGGGUGAUCCCUGGGGACAGGCACUAGGAGCACCAGCUGGAAAUACUUCUCCUACAGCAUCCUCAGCAGCCAACUUCUCCAAUCAGUUUGUGCAGCCCUCUUGGCGCAUUUUCCUGUGGUCUCUGGCUUAUGGUGGUGUGGUGGCAGUGGCUGUUUUUGGAAAUCUCAUUGUCAUCUGGAUUAUCCUGGCUCACAAGCGCAUGAGGACAGUGACCAAUUACUUCCUGGUGAACCUGGCCUUCUCUGAUGCCUCCAUGGCUGCUUUCAAUACUCUCAUCAACUUCAUCUACGCGCUGCACAGCGAGUGGUACUUCGGGGAGGCUUAUUGCCGCUUCCACAACUUCUUCCCAAUCACAGCUGUCUUCGCCAGCAUCUACUCCAUGACAGCAAUAGCUGUGGACAGGUACAUGGCCAUUAUUGACCCCUUGAAACCUAGGCUCUCUGCAACUGCUACCAAGGUGGUCAUUGGGAGCAUAUGGAUUUUGGCUUUCCUGUUAGCCCUUCCCCAGUGCCUAUACUCCAUAACCAAGGUGAUGCCUGGGAGAACUCUUUGCUAUGUAGCGUGGCCAGGUGGUCCAAAACAGCACUUUACGUAUCAUGUCAUUGUGAUUGUGCUGGUCUACUGCUUUCCACUGCUUAUCAUGGGCAUCACAUAUUCCAUAGUGGGGAUUACCCUCUGGGGAGGAGAAAUACCAGGCGACACAUCUGACAAAUACCACGAGCAGCUCAAAGCUAAAAGAAAGGUGGUAAAAAUGAUGAUUGUGGUUGUGCUGACAUUCGCCAUCUGCUGGCUGCCCUAUCACAUUUACUUCAUAGUUACUGGGAUCUAUCAACAAUUAAAUCGGUGGAAAUACAUUCAGCAAAUCUAUUUGGCCAGCUUUUGGCUUGCCAUGAGCUCCACAAUGUACAAUCCCAUUAUCUACUGUUGCCUUAAUAAGAGGUUCCGAGCUGGCUUCAAGCGAGCUUUCCGCUGGUGCCCCUUCAUUGAGGUGUCCAGCUAUGAUGAGCUAGAGCUCAAGUCAGCCAGGUUUCAUCCCACCCGGCAAAGCAGCCUAUACGCUGUGUCCAGAAUGGAGUCCAGCAUGACAGUGGUGUUCGACACUAAUGAUGGAGACAACACCCACACCAGCCGUAAGAAAAAAGAAGCUCUGAGGGACAUGAGUUUCAAUGGCUCUUCAUGGAGGAAUUCCAAGACUGUCUCCACAGCCUCAAGCCUCAUCAGUUCACUGCACACAUCAGUAGAUGACUAUUCCCAAGUAUUUCAUGGUGACAGUUGCUAGAAGGGCAGCACUGGACAAUGCUCUCCUAAUUUGGGACUAGAUAUUCACACCACAGGAAAGCAAAUGUAACUCCACUGAUAAACCCUAGCCAUAAAAAUCUGAGACUUCAGGCAUCAUUUACUUUUCCGCUAUGGAGAGAAAAAGGAACCUGAAGAUAUAUGUAUGCAUC